AUGGGAAAGGGCGCUGGCGACCGGACGUCUGCUGAACCGAAGAACACAGCCGAAUUCUUGAGACAUCUUCGGGCUACACUGCUGCCGGACGCCAAUAACUCAAGACACGUCGGAAGCUCAGCGCCGCCGCCGCCGACAAACGUGAGCGCCGCCGCUCCCAAGGCCGCCGCGCCGCGCCGGUCCCAGGCGAGUGCGCCCAGGGACUCCAAGCACGGGGUGAAGCAGGAGACUCCGCCCGGGAAGAAGAAGAAGUCUGAGCGCAAGCGAGCUCCGCCCAGGAAGUCCAGUCGACGCCUGAGCAGAAACUCCAGUCCAAGCUCAAGCUCCAGCUCCAGAUCGGACUCCGGCUCAAGCUCCAGCUCAAGCAACUCGGAUGACAGUCCGGCCGAGGAUCAUUCAACCUCGGUCAACUCGAGCACCCUACGGCGGUUCGACGAGGCGGCCUCGAUGGGAGACCGCCGGAGCUGGUGGGAGCGUUUCCUCAACAUAUCCGCCCAGGGUGGCUGGACCGAGAUGACCGAGCUGCGUGAGCUCAAGAUGAAGAUGUCGGCACCCGUCCGGAGCUGGAGAGCCCAAUUGUCGAAACAUACCCAGAAGGACUGGAAUAAGUUGGCCAAGGAAUUCCGGCGGAAGUUCCUGAAGUCGCGGACGUCUGAGCCUGAGCGCUACUUCACCAUGAAGCAGAAGUCCGGUGAGACUGCUAUGCAGUUCUUCUAUCGCCUGAACGAGGCUGCGAUCAAGGCGGACAUUCGUUAUAAGAAGGACAAGAAGGACGUCGAUGAUCUGGAGUACAUCCUCGAGCAGGGUGAAGACUUUGAUCUGGACGGAGGCUACGACACUCCACCGCCCGGGAUUUCCGGGCGGACUACAUCUCGCCCAGGCGUUUCAAGCCGGGUCGUCCCGGCCGGGCUUACGUUUGAAGAUGAAGCCGAUAGCUCGGACGAAGACCCGCCAGAGCCCCGCGACUCUGGCCGAGGAUUCUCCAAGCCAAGCUCAGAUGAUGCGCCCAAGGUCGCCACUGCCCCGAGUCCUCCGACAGAACAAGAUGUCAACCGGAUGAUCCUGCGCGCGAUUGAGAAUUGGGGUGGGUCCCACCGCUGCCGCCGGGCUCUCGCCCAGGAUGGCAGUCGCCUCGGCCGGAAGUGCAGUAAGUUUGGCCACAAGGAGAAGAACUGCUGGAAGGACGUCAAGUGUGACAAGUGUGGCCGGCCGGACCGGACACCCGGACUAUGCGUGCAGACACUCCAAGCCGUGAAGACUCUCGCUCGCCAAGGCAUGCUGAAAGACCUACCCGCCCACGUCCUCAAGAAAUUGCUGGACGGGGAGGCCAAUCAGGGGAAGUCGUUAAACGAGCUCAAGCUGAAAUUCCGGGUGUUGCCUGAGCCGGUCAAAGUGACCGGUCUGGGAGGAGCUCCGACGUACAUCACUGCGAGUUCGAGAGUCAAGAUCACGCUUGGAUUCCGUGUUGUCUACGUUCUGGAUGUCUGGGUGACAAACAUAGGUGAAGAUGUGGAAGUCCUCCUGGGAAUGAAUUUCAUGUAUGCGGCCGGACUCCGGCUGUGUGUACGAGAAGGUCAUAUCCGACUGCCGGACGAAGAGAUUGUCCUGAUGUGUAACACCACGCUCCGCCAGAAUCGUGGUCUAGACAUCCCGGUGACGUCUGAGCAGAACCUGUAUCUCCGCCCGGGUGAACAUGCCACUAAGGAGGUAGUCUGGGCGGGCCGCGGAGACCGCUGGGUCACCUGCAUCAACUACGCGGCCAAGUCCUGGGCGAGAUCGGUAAAGGUCGUCAACAUUUCGAACCAGAUGGUGUGGAUCGACACGCGGACCCCUGUCGCACGGAUCGUGGAGUUCGGGUGUUACCCCAUGUCAGGACGAUUUGUCCGCCCGGGGAGUCGGAAGUACCAGGAGUGGCAGACGCUGAUCUACGAGAACACGCCGUCUCCGGAAGAACGAAAGAAGCAGAUGGAGCUCGAAGAUCUCGAGUGGGCUCGCCAACCUCCGGCCGUGAAGCCCGCUGAGUAUCCCUGGCCGAGUAGAAUCCAGGUGAUGGUCGACCGGAAGAAGAAGACGUCCAGGGAGAUCCCGGUGCAGGCCCGCCCGCGGCCGUUGCGGGCGGGAGUUGCUCGAGCUCAGCCAUGGAUCAUGUGCGAUGUGGCAAUUCAGACGUCUACUACGGUGGAGAUUGGCACGCAGACGGACCCGAUCGCCCUCGGCCAGGAAGAGAUGGCUGAGAAGACUCUGGACGUGAGUGAGUCGGAUAGCCCAGCAGAAACCGCGAGUGAGACGGAGCCCGGUCCAGCUUACGCCAAUACAUGA